GACAAAGUCAACUCUCAACUCUCACUUAUCGUCGUUUGUCGUCUUAGUGGAUUGCUGAUUCUCCUCAUCAAAAUUUGAGUAUGUGUUACUAUUUCAUCUGUAAAAUGCAAAGCGAAGUCUUAAUUACCAAUUUUAAGUAUGCUUAUAAUCAAUACUGUACAGUGAAUUCUCUGGCGUUGCCAUUGUAGAACAUCAAAAUAUCAUAACAUUUCUAGUCAUGAUUUCAUGUAUCAUACAGUAAUAUAAAAGUUAUGAAUAAUUCUUCUCUAUAUUAAAACUUUUAAAGCAUCGAUUACAAUUGAUUUUAUCUUUCUCAUUUUGUAUAGUGGUAAUGAACACAUUAACAUGUUUCUUAGAAGGUUCAACAGUUGGCUUGUGGAUAAGUUUUAUCCAUUUGUGUUAAAAUCUAAUUGAGUUUUGCUUAAACUACUAAAUUUAUAAUCUUUUAUGUUUUUUAUUUUAUUUUUUGUAAUUUAAAAGUGAAUUAUGGAUAUCGAUCCACCAAAUCUUUGUCCUAAUUUAAAAAGAUCCAACAGUGCUCCAAUGAUCAACGAAUUGGGCAAUGUACCAUCAAGCUCCCAAGACUUGCGUGCACGUGGUAGUACUAUACCAGCUGCCCAACGCACUCCAAGAAUGACUCAAACUCGACGUUUUAGUGGUAGCUUCAGUCCUAGUCGCUCUGCUAAUUCUCCAACAGCUCCCCUUUCACCUCUUGUUUUGAGCAGAGUGUCUCAAAUUAAACAGGAAGAAUCAAUGGAUGUUGUAUUUCGAGAAGCUGCUCAUGAGAAAGAAACCAAAUCCAAACUUCAGAUAUCACAUUCUUUAGAAGAUCUCACAUUAGAUGAAGCUUCUUUUGGUGAUGGCAAUAAGCGCUCUGUAACAGAUCCUUUAAAAAUCCACACUUCUCACAUUGUUAUGUGUAGCUCGCCCUCUCCUACUAAUACUGGUCGUCAGUGCUUUUCGCCGUCUACUUGUCUCCCAGUGCAACAUAGUGCCUUUUCCUCUACCCCUAGCCCAAGUCCUACUCGUAAAAACUUUACCAGAUGUAGUCAGAGUCCCAUAUCUUUGAGACCUAGUCAAUUAUCUCUAAAGAGAAAAUUUGAUAACAUGGAUAGCGAUGAUAGCGACUAUAUGCCUAGCAGUGCAAAACACCUGAACACUGGUAUGUCAUCACCUGACAUGGAGUCAAGGCCUAAUGCUCCACAUAUUCAAAACUUGUCUUUUAACUCUAUGGAUACAUGUAAUAGUUCAGAUCAUAGUGAUUCACGUCGUAGUUCAGAUUCAUUGUCGAGCUGUUUGAGUUCACCUUAUGGCACAUUUAAACCUGUUGACCCAGCUCCAUCGAAUCAGAAAUCUUACAAUUAAUUUAUCUUAUGUAGAUUUCACAAAAUUAUGAAUAGCUAUUUUUGAGCAACUCUGGGUUUAUGUCUGUUUAACAGUGCCAAAUUAUAUACCUUUGUAAAAAUAUUGUUGGUACCAUUUUCAUUAUAUAAGCUUUGUUAGUAUGAGGCUUAUUAUCUAUGUUGUGAUAGUACUGCACUGUUAAAUGUUAGUUAUCUCAAAUGUGUGCAAGGUAAAUUUAUAGAUGACAUAAAUGAAUUGAUAUUUAUCAGUCAUGUAAAUAUUGAGAUAUGUUAAUAAUACUCUGUAAAAUAUUGAUGUUUUUCAAUUUCAUCUUUGUUAAUACAUUAUCAUAUAUGGCUAUUUCAUUGUCAGAUAUGUGAUAGAAGUCAUGUAUAGAGAAACAAUAUGAAUGAUUGAACCCUGUUUUCUUUUAUGGGAUUGAUGUCUUUCAUGCAUUAUUUGAAUGCAAGAAAGAUUCACAAAGCAACCUGUUGUUGUUUUUUAUUUGAACCACUUAAUGCUACUGUGGUGCUAUAGUUAUAAGAUUAUAUUUUUUUUUAUAAACUGUUAUCUAGCUCUAUUUCAGAAUAAAUUUAAAUAAUUAUGUACAUAUAUGUUUCAUUAUUGAUGUCAAGCUUU